AUGCCCGCGCGCGACCUCCUCCCCCGCGUCGCCCGUCGCGCGCUCGCGACCGCCGCCGCCGCGCCUCGGGCGUUCGUCCCGCCUCCCCUCCCUCCCUCUCUCGCCUCGUGCGCGCGCGUCUUCGCCGUCGCGAGCGGAAAAGGCGGCGUCGGAAAGUCAACCACCUGCGUCAACAUCGCCGUCGCCCUCGCGCGUCUCGGCCAUCGCGUCGCCCUGCUCGACGCCGACGUCUACGGACCGAGCGUCCCGACGCUCAUGCGGCUCUCGGGUCAGCCGGUCGUGGACGCGGACGGACGCAUGUUACCGAUGGAGAAUCACGGCGUGCGCUGCCAAUCCAUGGGAUUUUUGAUGAAACCGGGCGCGGCGGCGACGUGGCGCGGACCCAUGGUGAGCGGCGCGCUGACGAAGAUGAUCCAAGACACGAGGUGGGGAGACGUCGAUGUACUCAUGGUGGACAUGCCGCCGGGAACGGGAGACGCGCAGAUUUCGAUAUCGCAGAAAUUGCCGCUGACGGGCGCGGUGGUGGUGAGCACGCCGCAAGAGUUGGCGCUGGCGGACGCGAGAAGAGGGAUCGAUAUGUACGGGAAAGUGAACACGGAGGUGGUGGGAGUGGUGGAGAAUAUGGCGUAUUAUUGUGAGAAGGACGGCACGCGGUCGUACGUGUUCGGACGGGGUGGAGCGAGGGCGACGGCGGCGGAACGAGGAGUGGAGUUUUUGGCGGAGGUGCCGUUAGACGCCACCAUUCGGGAGAGCAGCGACGAGGGAGCGCCGAUCGUCGUGCGCGAUCCGGAUGGCGAGGUGGCGGCAAUUUAUACGAACAUAGCGCGGCGAAUCAUGGAGAAGACGCGGAGUUUUAGAGAUGUAAGAUGA